AUGAAUGAGACAUCGGAAAACAAAAACCAUCUACAUACAAACCAACAGCUAUUUCUCAAAGAGAGAGAAACAGAUGAUGCCUUUAAAUUAAGAUAAAAAAAUAUGUCAGACGAUAUUUCGAUUUGGACUGAUUCAUCAAAAAACUCAGCCAACUAUAAUGCAGAUUUUUAAAACAGCUAAGAAUAUAGCAAAAGUAUCAAUAUAUUAAAAUUAAAACAAAAUUCACAGUCAAUACAACAAGAAAAUUCUAUUUUCUUUAAUGAAGAAGAUAUUACCUAAUAUAAGGAAUAGAAGUUUAAUAAUGAUAUAACUGCUCUAUCUAAGAAAAACAACAUUAGUACAAUAAAAUCAGUUUAUAAAUAAAACCUUAUGAGUCCUUCUAAGAACUGCAAUAUUAAUGAAAGCAAGAUGGAAAUAUCUCAAAGUACAAUGAACAACAAACAUCAGACUUUAAAAAAUUGCAGAUAAUAUACUACUAAAGUUUUGAGCAAUCACAUCAAAUUAACGAUCAAAUUAAAAUAAAAAUUCAGCUAUUUUUUCAAAGCCUUCACUAUGGCAGGUAGAAGUUAAGCUCUUAAUAGUACUAUAAGAAGUUUCAUUAAUGACAAAAGUGAUAGGCUUGGCUAAAACUCAAAGAUUUCUGCUUAUUUAAGAAGCAUUUUCUGGAUUCAAAGCAUAAAAAUCAUAGACUGUUAAAGCAAUAUUGGCAUUAUUAUUUCCUUUUUCUUUAUCGCUUUUAAUUGUUUGUUUCUUUUUUAGUAAUCUUUCUAUAUAGUUUUCUAAGGCUUUCUUUAAUUUCACGCUAUUUUUUGCAAGAUUUCUUCUUUUUUAUGGGUAAUUGAAAUAGUUAUCAAAUUAAACACAUCUAUUUACAUCAACUCUAGGUAAGUAGUAGAAAGAUAGGAAAUUAUAUUUUGUUAUGUAAAAAGUAAACUUAUUUUUGAUCUUUUACCCUUGAUUAUUGUAAUAAAUGCUUCGUAGAAUACUCUUAUAAAUAUUAUUAUAUUUUUGAAGAUCGUUAAUAUUAUUUCUGAACUUAAUUAAUUCUACAAGUUUCUCUUCAGAGUCGUUCGACAAUACUAUCUAAUCGCUUUGAUUAAUUUAAUUAUUAAAAUGUUCUUAAUUGCUCAUAUUUUAGCAUGCUUGUGGUAUUUGCUAGCACUCUAUGAAUACGAUCAAAAUCUUGAAUCAGAAAGUUGGAUUAAGAAGCUGGAAAUAGAAGGUGUGUGGUGGAAAUUAUAUUUUCAAGCUCUCUACUGGGCACUAACUUUGAUGACAACAGGAUCUAACGAAGCAACUACGAAUCUUUAAAGGAUUUUCACUUCAAUAAUAAUGAUUUUUACCGCAAUAGUAUUUGGCUAUUUAUUAAAUGUAGUUGGGUUUAUACUUGAGGCUAUAGACGAAAAAAAUGAAAAGAAGAGAAGAGACAUAAAUAUCCUAAAUGAGUUCAUGAGGUCAAAGCACAUUUCUUAAAGUCUUUAAGCUAGAAUAAAUUUGAAUUUAGAAAACUAUUAUGACAUGAAUUUCAACAAAGCUCAUAAAAAGAGUCAGUAAGUUUUAGAUAAAAUAUCCAUAGAGCUUAAAAAUUCUCUGAUGAAAGAAUUUAAUAGGAAAUUAAUCAAUAAAAUAACAUUUCUAACAAAAAAUUUUAGCUAAGAAACACUAGAUAAGUUAAGUCUAGUAGCAAAAGAAGAAUGCUAUUUACCCAGCUAAGUUAUAUGCAAUUUAAGUAAAAAUCAUGAUUCUGCUCUAAUUUAUGUCAUUUCGGGUUAAGCUGAAAUAUAAAGGACUAAUAAAGAUUAAAGUUAUGUAGACAUAUCAAAUUUAAAGGUAAAUUAAGGAGAGAUUAUUGAUCCUACAAAUCUAUUUACUGGUCUAUCUUAACCUUUCCAAGCUAUUUCUACACAAUUCACUCAGAUUAAAGACUAAAUUCAAUAUUAUUAAUUAAAUUCUGUUAUAGGACUCAAAUGUAAAUUCUGCUGCUAAAGCACUCAUUAUAUAUAUGAUUGUCCUUUCUUACAUUUUGGAAAGCAAAUGAUUUAUUCCAAAAUAGGAUUAAAGUAAAAGUAGGAACAAAAUCGUUAGCAUUUUGAAAGAAGGACUAAAUAUAUGAGGACUUUACUAAUAUAAAAUACAGACCCUACUCUCUUACAAUUUUAAGAAGAUCAUUAAUUUAGUAAAAAUAAAGAAACCCUAACUUCGAUUGGAGUUACAAUCCUAUUAAAUGAUGAUGUAGCAACAAAUUCAGAGUAUGAUGAUAAAUAAAAUGAAGAAAUCUUACAAUAAAGAAUAGAAUUUACAGUAAUAGAAGAAGAUGAUGAAAAAUAAAUUGAUUAUUCUCCAAGCAUUAGAGAACUAAAUCAUCAAUAAUAAUCUCCGAUUUUAACAAAUAAUUUACUAAAUUCAUUGAAAACAUAGAGAAUUAAUACUUUCACUUAGUAUCUGGAAGAUUAAGAAUUAGCUUCGCCAGUAAAAAUCUAAUUAAGUGAAACGCAAGCAAAAAGUAGUAGAGAAAGCUAUAAACAAUUAAAAGUGAAUACUCAUAAAAGAUUUAACUCCUUGCAAGAUAAUUCAAAAGAUACAAAAAAUCCUGAAUAAGAGGUUAAUUAUUAUUAUUAGAAAAAGAGUCUAUUCUCAUAAAUAAAUUCAGAUAUUUUGAAUAGAUAAUAAAGCACUUAGAGUAUUAACGAAUCAGAAGAUUCAAAGUAAAAAAAUCAAAAGAAAAGGGAGGUAAUGAAAUAUCCUAUCCCUUUAAAUAGAAAACUGUUAGCCCCUUUAUUAUAAUAAUUCAUUAAUUAAUAGUAUGACUAACAUAAAAGUAAUGAAUAGGAAUAUGUAUAAUUUAAUCCAUGGGAAUUUGAUUAAUUAAAAGAUUGGAAUUAUUACUUCAAAUAUGGAAAUUCAAAGUAUGUUUUACUUAAGCACAACAAAUAUUAACAAAUGAAAGCUAAGUAAAUCUUAAGAAAAUCCCCAUAUAAACGAGUGAAAAACGAUGAUUGA